GCAACAAGCAGGGGGCGUGAAUGAUUUGAAAUCGUUGUCUGUUUUUUUUUAUAGUUUCGUGCAUAACUCGCAAACUUGUACUCGGUUUUUAUGCGCAAAUUGUGAGAAAACAUCAGGAACUAAGUAGAUAAAUGUGUCUGUGGCAUCUGGUCGGAAGAUAUAGUUUUGUUAUUGUCAUUGGAUAGCUUUAGCAGGAUAGCAUCAUGGCCAGUCCCGCGAGCGCAAACAUGAAUGCUGUCCGCGAGACUAUGGAUGUUCUCCUGGAGAUAUCAAGGCUUCUGAAUACUGGAUUGGACAUGGAGUCUUUGUCCAUAUGUGUCCGCCUCUGUGAGCAGGGGAUCAAUCCUGAGGCUCUGUCAUCAGUUAUUAAAGAACUAAGAAGAGCAUCUGAGUCAUUAAAGGCCUCUGAAAACAGCACUAGUCAAGGAUAACCAGCCUAAAUGUUCUCCCUGAUAGACACCCCUGUUUGAGAAGAAUGAAAACGGCAUGAUACACUGAACAGAAGCAUGUUAAUAUGCUUAACGUAUAAAAGCAGUAGGUUUUAAACCUGCAUUUGAUCUACUUUCAUGUGCCUAAAUAUGUACAACUGGACUUCUUAAGUGUGCUGUUUCCCUAUCAUUUUAGCCCACUUGAUAUUGUGAUAUACCAAUAACUAUAAUGCAUUUCAAUGAUAAAAGCAAUUUUGUAAGCAGUUAUGGGCCUUCAAAACAACAGAUAUUAUCUUUCAGUUUUAGUUUUUUGUGUGGUCUGUUAUGCAACAUGCUCUUUUAUUGAUGUGGUCUCUGUGUGUCUAAUCACACAUUACAUUUUUUUUGAAUAUGUUUCUAACAUUUCAGACUCUGCAAAUAUUGAGAACCCUUAACCCUAUCCCUAACCCAAUAUAUACAUUAUUUCCAUGUGUAUUUGUGUCUUUAAACCACAUGAUGGCGACAAUGGAGCAUUUGUUAUAUCAGGGAUUGUUCCUCUUGUAUUGGAUUGUUUCGUAGCAUUAGCAUUUCACCCUUUGAGAUUUAUUAAUUUCUUAUAAACAGUUAUAAUAAAUGUAAUAGUCAGCAACUCUGCUUAUAACUUCAAAGCAACAAGCCCAUUUAGUAUGUCUGUUUGUGAAGAUCAUCAGGUUUCUUCUCUGCUCUCCUCUCCAUGGUUGCCUUUUUGCACAGGUCUGAACAUAGUUUGGGCUUUGUUCUCUGGGAAUAUUUAAGGUCACGUUUGGUAAAUGAGCUGUGGAUCUUAGAUCAGCCCAAAAGGCAGUUUACCUGGCGUGAGCUUGAUUAACAUCCUGCUGCACUGAGAGGGUAAGGUGGCUAUGUCCUUGCCUCCUGCAGAAGUGAGGCCUAAUGUUUCACUCCUGCAGUGAGAAAGCAUUUAUGUGUACGUAAUCACCUCCACCUUAUGCACAUUUAGUUGAACAGGACAAAUCUUUUAAGCGAGAUUAUUUAAAGCCAUGCAUUGUUUUACAGUGUUUUGAUGUUAAUAACUUAAAUAUUUGUUGAUUUUGUGGAAUAAACAAUCUUUGCAUUGGAAGUUCUAAGAAUGGGUCAGGAGAAGCCAUUUUCAAGUUUCCAUGGAAUCACCUUUAACAGACACAAACACCAAUAUCAUGUGGAGAAUUAUUGCAACUGCUUGUUGGAAUGACAGGUGUUAUCAACUAAAGCAGACCAGGCAUGUCUCUUCACAAGGCUGGGUAAUGACGCAUGACAAAGGGGGUAUUUCUCACUGUGAAUUAGUAUCAUAAAGGUUGCUGGAGUGACAGUGAUAUCACUCAUCCAUACGAUCAAAUAAUUUUGUUAGCUUUGUUUGAUUGGCCUUCAGUCUUUAAGCAAUACACAUCUCUGCACAUUCUGGUCAUGAUCAAUAUUUAAUAAUGGAUUUAUUUAUUUUUUUACAUUUGAGAAAAAAAAACACUAACAUAAAAUGUAUGAUUUUACAAAGUGUUUGCAGAGUAAGUGAGCCAGCAAUGAUUUGAGGAUGGAAGUCAUGAAACCAAAUACACUAUUUAGUAUUCUUAGUUUGAUGUGUAAUUAUCAUGUACCCAUCCUCUAAUUCAUACAUUAAUUGCUUUAAUUAGUAAAGCAAUUAAAAAACAAUGCUAAGCUUUGUAAUAGCAUCCACCUUCAGUAACUGUUUAUGUAAAUGCCCCUGUGUUUGCUGUAGGUUAAUGAAAUGUUUGUUAUUAAAUGGGA